AUGACCACAAUAUCAUCUACAGUUCUACCUUCUAACCAGUCAUGGCCAUUGGAAGAUAACAACUGGACAUCUUGGGACACUAUUCUCCGAUCAAUAACAUCAUCCUUAGGCGCCCUAGGUAACCUAGUUGUCCUUCUAGUACUGUUUCCGAAACGCUCCUUUAGUCGUUCUACUGAUACCUUAAUAGGCAGUCUUGCUGUGGCUGAUUUUCUGACUUCUUUGCUCCUUCUCCCGUUUCCAAGACCUAGAACAGUGCCGCUAAACUGGCUCGGUGUACUCUACUGUUGGAUGCUGUAUUCUUACUCGCUCAUUUGGAUUUGUAUCACCGCUUCAAUUUAUAUUCUCCUAUUCAUCUGCUUCGAUAGAUACAUCGCUAUUGCGUGUCCAUUGAAAUACAACAUCUAUAUCACCAAACGGCGCGUCCGGCUUGGGGUUGGUGUAAUAUGGAUGUGGUCUUUGAUUAAUCUUUGGAAUGACUACCGCUUCAAGAUUGACCAAACAAACCAGGAAUGCAUCGCAGAAGAUCUCUCAGAGUUCACAAGGAUAUUCACCGGUUCCCUCAACUUCAUCUUCUUGUAUGCAAUCCCGGUAAUGACUAUGCUGAUAACGCAGAUUCUGAGUGCCCGUACGCUGCUUCGUCAGUCUCUCCGUUUCGCUGCUACCACGCAUUCGAAACCGUCCUAUCACCUGGCCGCUCGGCGUAGGGUACUGCGAAUGACGGCCAUUGUAGUUGCCACAUUCAUCAUUACCAUCGGCCCAAAUCAAUUCGCCUACUUCUGCUAUAACCUUGGAGUCAUGCCAGAGUGGUUUUAUUUGGGUACACUCCAUCGCUUUACGGUUGUUCUGGCAUCAUUCAACUCGUGCCUCAACGCUUUCAUCUAUGCAUGCCAAAAUAAACGAUUCCGCCAAGGUGUCAGGGAUAUAUGGACCAAGUCUGACACGACUAGAGCUCCUAUUUUCGGCCAUAUUUGA